AUGGCCAAUCUAUUCAUCCUCAUCCUUGCAUCGAUAUUCUAUUUCACUCUCUCCUUUACGCCUCUAUCGAAGGAAGAGCAGAUACAAAACUUCAAUAAAUUGAACGACGACGUGGAACCGUUUAGAAGGAAUUUAACCGAAUGUGCGCGACAAGUCAAGGCUUCGAUGGUAGACGUUGAAAAUUUCCUUAAACGAAUCCCACAAUCGUCCGCGCAGGGUAAGUGCUUCGUCGCGUGCAUUUUGAAACGCAAUAAAAUCAUUGUCAAGAACGAAAUCAGCAAAGAGAAUCUUUUAGAAGUAAACCGAGCAGUAUACGGAGACGAUACAGAAGUGAUGACCAGGUUAAAGUCUGCGAUAGCGGAAUGCAGUGAUGUCGUAGAAGGAAUUUUCGAAAUAUGUGAAUAUGCAUCUAUAUUUAACGACUGCAUGCACAUGAGGAUGGAGCAUAUAUUGGACAAAGUGACAAUGGAGAGGAGAAUGGAAACGUUAGGACAAAUGACAUCCAACCCGGACAUAUGGACGGAGGACGAUGACGAAAUUUUGAAAUUAGUCAAAGAUGAAUUGUAA